AUGGCACCAACUGCAGUCGACGUGACCAGCUCCGCCAUCAAUGCCGCAAGUAGCGCUCCUCUCAAGACGUCCAAGCUGACUUCUCCCACAGCCGAGCUUCACCCACUGGAUGACAUCACUCCCGGGGAGAACAACCUGGCUGUAGAACUUAUCCGUGAUUAUCACCGCAACGACGGGUUUGAGCCUUGGUUCAAGGCAGUCCAGCGCCAAGAACCUCGCAAAGCCGUCCUCCUACAAUGGCUAGAUGCUUACCACGCUGGUCAUAAGCCAGCCGCGAUCCCGCGCAAGAUCGAGGUGCUGUACAUCGAGCCAGCUUCUGCUAGAAUUCACGAAGCAAUUGUCGACGUUGCAUCUCAGAAGGUCGAAUCACACUCGGUCGUCCAGGGUAACCACAGGACCAAUCUCGACAUCACACAGCUCGAGGCUUUCGAGGCGGCGCUUGUCCAGGAUCCGGUAGUCAAGCAAGCGCUAAAAGAGCUCGGUCUGGAGCCGGACACUCCCAUCGCGUCUGAUCCUUGGAUUUACGGCGCCGAUUCCUUCGAAGACCAGCCCUACUUGAUGCAAUUCCUCAUGUACCUCAAGUCGCCGCGCACUGGAUACGAUGGUGAUACAUUCCACUACUCUUGGCCUCUGCCCUUUGUACCCGUGGUCGAUGUCAAUUCGGGAACGAUUGUAAGAGUAGACUGGUGCUACACUGGAGAUUCGGCCGAUGGCAUGGUGCAUACAUGGAAAGAAGGCUGGGCGAGGAGCAACAUGGAAGAGCGCGAGUACAUGCCGCAUCUCCAGCAAAACUUCCAACCUCGAGCCGGACUCAAACCCUUGAUAGUACAGCAGCCCGAAGGUCCUUCCUUCACAGUCAAGGGUAAGAGUGUCGAAUGGCAAGGCUGGCAGUUCCGGCUCUCUUGGACCGCCCGAGAAGGUUUGACGCUGCACGAUCUUCGCUUCAAGGGUAGGUCCGUCUUCCACAGGCUUUCCAUGUCCGAGAUGACCGUACCCUAUGGAGAUCCUCGUCCGCCUCUGCACCGAAAGCAGGCCUUCGAUGUCGGAGAUGCAUCCUGUGGCUUUACUGCCAACAGCCUCAGCCUCGGUUGCGACUGCCUCGGUGCUAUUCACUACUUCGACGGCCAUCUCGCCUUGCCUAGCGGAGUGCUGCUUCAGCAACAGAACGUCGUCUGCAUGCACGAGGUCGAUGAUGGACUCGGCAUGAAGCACACCAACUACCGCACCAACAACCCGUACGUGGUGCGUCGCCGUACCCUGGUGCUUCAGACCAUCAUCACCGUCGCCAACUACGAGUAUAUCUUCCUCUGGCACCUUGAUCAGACUGGUGCCAUCUCGUUCGAGGUGCGUGCUACUGGCGUGCUUUCAGUGUCACCCAUCGACGCUGGCAAGACCUCCCCGUACGGCAAUGUGGUAUCUCGCGGGGUUCUGGGAACCAAUCACCAGCACAUCUUCUGUGUGCGAGUUGAUCCACGAAUCGAUGGCGAUGGCAACACGGUGCAUUACGAAGACAGUGUUACCAUGCCCUUCGACACUGAAGCAGACAAGCUCUUGAACCCGUACGGCACCGGGUACACUGUGCAGAAGACGGUACUUGAACACGAAGGCGGUGUCAACCUAGACCCCUUGAAGAAUCGCACCUUCAAGAUCACGAACCCUAACAAGAUCAACGCCAUUUCGCAGAAACCUAUUGGCUACAAGCUGCACUUGCCGGCUACUCAGCUGCUGCUAGCUCACCCCGAUUCGGUCGCCUUUGCUCGAGCCGAAUUUGCUCGCCAACACGUCUGGGUCACCAAGUAUCGCGACGACGAGCUGUGGGCUGGCGGAAAGUUUACCAACCAGUCCAACGGCAAGCAGGGCGGGCUGGCCACUUACUCUCAGGCCAAGGAAGGUACGGUCAACGAGGACAUCGUGUUGUGGGCCGUCUUUGGUCUGACACAUAACCCACGUGUCGAAGACUUCCCUGUCAUGCCCGUCGAAUCACUCAUGAUGUCGCUCAAGCCCAACGAUUUCUGGGAGACCUGCCCUAUUCUCGAUAUAGCCACAAGUACCCAAGCAGUCAACAAGUCCAUCUUGGUCCAACCGAGCGAGGCUGAGGCUCCGUCGUGUUGCAAGAAGUAG